AUCGAGAGCGGGAAAGUGUGUACCUGUACCCCUAGUGACUAUAUAUAAAGGGCAGGUCCUCCAUUCUCCCGUCAGUCUUUCUCCUGUGCCCAAUUCGUCAACAAGAAUGAAAUUCUUCGCUUCGAUUGCUUUGUUGGUCUUGAUGACAUCCUCGUGCUGGGCGCAGGAACUAAAUGCCCGCGUCUUUCUGGCCGGAAAGUCACCUGUUAGCGGUUCACUGAAUUUGACGGAAUCAGCGGCCGCUGGCGGAGUCCGAAUCAUCGGCCGGGUGACGGGAUUGACUCCCGGCAAUCACGGCUUCCACGUCCACCAGUUUGGCGACGUCUUCACCAACGGAUGCGACUCUACCGGCCCGCACUACAACCCCCGCAAGGCCCUUCACGGUGCGCCGCACGACAACGCCGAUCAGCGUCACGCCGGCGAUUUGGGCAACAUCGUCGCUGACGCCAAAGGAGUUGCGCUCAUCAAUCUGGUCGACACUGUCGUUUCGCUGAGCGGGCCCGAGUCGAUCCUCGGACGGGCUUUUGUCGUUCACGCAGCUGAAGACGAUCUCGGCCGCGUAGAAAAUGAAGGCAGCACCAAGACGGGCAACGCUGGCGCUCGACUCGCUUGCGGAAUUAUCGCCAUCGUUCCGUAAUUUCAUUUUCUGUGUUUUCUCCAUUCAUUUUUUUAAAUUUUUCAAAAUGUUUUUAUUACGGUUUUUAAAUCUUAUUUUUCAAAAUCGCCUGAAUGAGUCAAAUAAAUCGCGUGAUCGGAUCCUG